AUGUUAGAUAUUAGAAGCUUUGCAUUAAACCAAUACCAAUAUCACAUUUAUCAUAAUCAUUCAGAAAUCCACGACGAUCUAUUGUCGUGGCUUGCCACAGUUCCGCUCUCGCGAGCAGUGUGGGACGUAGGAGAAGACUUUGCUGAUGGUGUUCUAGCUGCUGAUAUUAUCUAUAAUUUUUUUCCGCAAUUAAUCGAUUUGGCGAAAAUUCAUGUACCUCGAAAUAUGUCCCAACGUACGGGUAAUUGGCAUUAUUUAAGGACCGAAGUACUACCGAAGAUAGGUUUGCAGCUACCUCAGAUGAUUACGGUUGAUAUUACCAAUGGAGUUCAUCGUGCUGCUGAAUUGUUUCUUCUACAAUUACGAGAAACAAUUCAGGGACAUCUAAUGCGUGCUCGACAAGCAUCACAUCAACAAUCGAAUUCAGGACGUUCGUACAUUGGCGGACAAAAUCGUUUACCACAACUUCAAACGACAGCAAGACAAGGUGCUAUUCUACCUGGCAUUAAUGGUGCCAACCAGUCUGGCAUUAAUGGUGCCAAUUACUCUGUCACUAACGGUAUGAAUCACUCGAUCGUUAAUGGUCCCAAUAAAUCUGGUAUUACAGCUCUCAAUUUGACUGGUAUUAAAGGUGCAAAUGGAUCCAGUAAUAUAUAUUCUAACCGUAAUGGCGAUUCUCUUGAUCCAUCUUUGGCGCCUUGUAAAGAAGCAUUACGUAUCAAAGACGACGAACUCACUGCACUGCGAGAAAAAGUAAAACUGUAUGAAAAAUUGCUCCGGGAAAAAACAAAACUGCACGAAAAGCAGCUGCGAGCUAAAGAUAUUCGAAUUCGAGAACUGGAAUCCCGACUUGAAAAAGAGAAGAACAAACGAUCGUAG